AUGGCGAACGCUAGCAAUAGCAACGGAGAACCAACAAAGAAAGAGACAACUGUAAACUUCGAGCCUGGCUCUGGUGUAGAUGCUGAUCAAGUAGAAGUAACUAUUCAUCAGCCGACUAAAGUUCAUAAGCGGAGGAAACAUGGAUAUCGGUUUCUACCGAAGCCGUUUGAGCGGUCCAACGGCAGCUUGUUUAACCCCAGGUUCGACAGCGAGAUACUGGAGAAUUAUCUCAUUGAAUGUUACUUUCCUCAAGCUAGGAGGUUGUUUAGGAACGCUGUUUACUAUGUCACAAUAGCUUCAGCCUGUUGGGCGUUGUUUUUCGGGCUUAUGCAAAUACAAUACCCAUCAAAUCACUGGCGCUACUUUGUUGUGGCCUCCGCUGUGUUGUUUGUGUUCCUCAUUGGACUACUCAUCUUGACACACACGGCUUUCUUUAAGAAACAUUGUAAGGCUAUAGGCAUCCUUCUAGCACUAGUGUUGAUAAUCUGUGUGCAGCUUCCGUAUGUGUUUGAGGAGCCUGAUAUAUCUCCAGUAGGGACAUUUUUUGGAGUGGUGGAAAUUUUAAUUUUAUUCUACUCUUUCUUUCCAUUCAACUUGUAUUUUGCUGCAGGCUUUGGGGGAAUCCUGUCUGUGUCUUACGAAAUUUUUACAAUGCUGCGCUUCCCACAGAUGCAGGCAGUAGACUUCAUUGUUUGCAAACUGUUGCUCCAUCUAAUCAUUCAUCUGAUCGGCACAUUUAUCUAUGUUAUGUCCAGCAUCAGAGCUCACAGCAGUUUUUCUAAGAUUGGCCAGUCAGUCAGUGCUCAGCGAGAUCUUAUGAUCGAAAAGGAGAUUAAAGAAAAGAUGAUCCACUCAUUGAUGCCUCCAGUUGUGGCAAAAUCUGUCAUGGCUUCACAUCCGUCCAAGGAUGAGGAUCAAGAGGAUGAUUCGCCCAAGACUAGGAGGCGGAAGAAGAUUGUAAAGGGGGAGAUCAUUUUCCGAAACUUUCAGAUGGAUGAGAUGAAAAAUGUUAGCAUCCUUUAUGCCGACAUUGUUGGCUUCACGAAGAUGAGUUCCAACAAAUCUGCAGAAAGACUUGUUGGUCUUCUCAAUGAUCUCUUCGGUCGGUUUGACAAGUUGUGUAAUGCUUCAGGCUGUGAGAAAAUCAGUACCCUAGGAGACUGUUACUAUUGUGUGUCAGGGUGUCCGAACCCCUGCCCGGACCAUGCCAAGUGCUGCGUUGAGAUGGGACUUAGCAUGGUUAUUGCUAUUCGUGCUUUUGAUGAAGAUCAUAAUGAAGAGGUAAACAUGAGAGUUGGCAUCCACACCGGCACAGUUCUGUGUGGUAUUGUGGGUACAGUCCGUUUCAAGUUCGACGUGUGGUCCAAUGAUGUGACACUGGCCAACAUCAUGGAGUCAACAGGUCAGCCUGGGAUGGUGCACAUUUCUGAGGCCACUCGAGAGUUUCUAGUCAACGAUUACGAAAUGGUCGAGGGUGAGGAGGUGCCAG